AUGUAAAUAAAGCUAAGAAAUUAUCAUUAUAAUGGAAGUAUAUUUAAGUGCAGAGUCCCUCAAUUUAAGAUAAGAAUAUUGAAUUUAUCAUAAAAUAAAGUUCAGACAUCAUCUUAAAAAUAUUAAAAUGAAAAGCCUACGCCAUCCUCAAUAAGUAAAGUUACUAAUUAUGAAAAAAUCAAAAAAAUCAGCAUGAGUUUAGAAGUCAGAAAUUAAAACUAUACUUACAAACAGCCUAUUUUAUACUAUUGUGAUAUUAAUUAGGACUCUAUUCCCUGGAAUCAAAAAUAGGCUAAAAUAACUAAAAGGAUUAUUCCUUAAUAGCUAAAAGCUGAAGAAAACAAGUUAUAACUCGAUAAUAUUGAAAUAGGUUAAUAAUUCAAAAGGUUUUCCGAAAGAUAUAAUGAUUCACAAAGAAGCAAAGACACUACUUAAAUAAAAUAAUAAUCAUAAUCAAAAGCUAAAUCAAAAGAUCUGGAUAUUGAACCCAAGGGUUGGACUAACAGAAGCUCUCACAGUCUCUUAUGA